CUUCGCGGGGGCUGCUGGGAGCUGUAGUAGGAGGUGGGGAGAAGAUGGCGUCCAAGAUCAGCGUGGUGCUGCGGCCGGUGAAGAGCAUCGUGGUCCGGUUCUGCCCCUUCGAGCCCAACGUGGAGAGCACGAGAAAAUUUCUCCAAUGUAUAUACCAUAAAAAAAUCCAAGCUACUAAUAGAAACUGUGAAGUGACUGCUGAUGUGAGACAUGACGGAUCUGAACCACUUGUAGAUGUCAUGUUUGCUGAUGGAGAUCGAUUAAUAAUGAAGGGAGCCAACUUGACGACGGUAGAAAUGUUAACAGCAUUGGGGUCCAGAUGUAAUGCAAAAGACCUUAAGGAAGAAGAGAAAAGCAAGAAGAAGAGUCCCUGAAGAACAGAGAAGCAAGUGUGUUUGCAUUUACGUGUGUUAAAAACAGCAGACUACACAGAAGGCUUUUCUCCUAUGCAAGAAAAUCUGAGAGAUGGCCAAAACACUGACCAAUUUAAUAUCCAGAAGAAUGAACCCUUCAAAUGUUCCCUGUCUUCACCUGAAGGAGAACAUAGUGGAUCAACAAAUCCAAUACCAGUGGGUCAGAGUGGCUUAAGAUGCAUGACUGCAUCUCUCUGAGCAGCUGUGUGUUGGACUAAUAUCACGUGCAUAUCAGUGUGAAUAAUACACAUUAGCUAUUAAAUUAAUAUUGCAAUGAAGACAGAUAUCUUUGGACAUUAUUUCCUCCAAAGUUUCUCUAUAUUGUAGUGCAAAACAUUAUUAGAGUGGUUAUUAUUUUUUGAAAACUAUUAAAUUUAGUAAAAAUUUGAAGAAAACUUUCAAAGGAUUCAUCAUUGACUUAGCUGAGGGACAGCAGGCUGCAAAUAGAGUGGAUUUUGUAAUACUGUGUUUAUAAAUGCAUCUGUUCUUAAGCUCCUGCCAUUUUCUUCCUGUCUUUUUGAAGAAAAAGGGAAGUCUGCUAACUGUAAAUUUAGCUCAGCAAUUAAAGUAACAAGGUAAUGGGACUGUCGAGACACAGUAGAGCUACUCAUCCUGCCUAAAAGUAACUAACUUUAGAUAUUUACUGAAGUAAAUAUCUAACAUGAUUAUUGACAUGAUUAUUGACAGACCAUAUGGUCCACAUUGUUUCAGACAUAUCAUUUCCUUGAAAUACAUCUUAAAGCACUCAAAAGCAUCAAUGCCUUACAGCAAACAUUUUUCCCCUCAAAAAAGCACUACAAAUGUUUCAGAAAAGACACAUAAAAAAGCAGUUCUUAAAAUGCUAAAUCUAAGAUACUGUCUACUUUUUUAAAUGCUUAUAUUAAUGUAUCUUAAGGUUCAUGAAAAUAUCUUAAGGUUCAUGAAAACUAGUCUCUGUUUAGAAACAAGUGUCUGCUAGGAAAUUCAGAGACUUGUUCGGAACGAGAACCUUUAGCUCAAAGGGAAAGGUCAGUUAGUUUUUUCGAUAAUUGGAGAAAAGGGCUAUCUUUGAAGUUCAGGUUUGCAAUAUUUUUGUCACUUUUGGGCUAUUUCAUUAAAUACUUUAUGAAGAUCAAAGGGAGAGCUUUAUUUGGUGUUUAUAGCCCCAUGUCCAACCCUAUUAUUUAUUAAAGUAACUGCUUAGGUGUCUCAUCUGUAUUGCAAAGCUCUGUGGUUUCAGGAGAGGUGAUCUCAGGCUGUGCAGGUGAAGAUGUGUUUCAUGUGCAUCAGUUUUGUUCUAGUUCAUAAUGAAAAUGUGAUUCCAGUUUUGAGAAUUGCAGUUGCACUUGAGAGGCAUUAGUUCUACCUGUUGUUAAUCAGAUGCCUCACUUCUCUAAAAUUAGUUCAUAUAUUUCCAAAGUUAAUUUGGCAGCAGAUUUAGGACACAAAUAUGAAACUAGUUUUACCUUACUUUUGCCAAGAUUUUUAAAUGGGCACUGCCCUUUCUGAAAGGAAGAUCAUUUUAAAUAGCACUGGCAAGGUGGUUCUUUGCUACUUCUUCGUUAGGUUGCUCAAGUCAAGGUGAUGUGUUAUAUUGGAGAGCUGUGCUAAAGACAUCGGGUGUUUCCCAUGUGUUUGCAACAAAUAGAAGAGUACUGUAGGAGUAGAUCAAAUAUAAAUAAGACUGUUCAAAGGACAGGUUUUUUGUUUGUCUGUUUGAUUUGGGAUUUUUCCUCCCAGUUCAGAAUAACAUCAUAUAGUAUGACUUUACCUGAAGCAUCUCUACAGGAAAAGUGAGAAUUGUUCAAGUGAAAAAACACUGCAGAAUUAUUCUUUCUCUGGUUAAACAUAUAUUCAUGUGCAUAAAAGCUCUCUUACUGUAAUAUAUCAGUGAUUUUUGUGAUUUUUUUUUCUUCCUUUGACAGUUUGUACAUCAGUAUGUUCAACUUGUGUUUAAAUGUGAAACACUCUAGCUUGAUCUGUCUUAAAUAGUUAAGUCUGUAAGUACCUAAAGACUAAAAUGGGUUAAUUAAUUAUUAAUAAUAAUUAAGUUUCCAUAGUAUUUCUUUUGGCCCAAGAUUGGGGGUUAUAUUUAUGAAUAGAAAAGGGAGAAAAGAUCGUUGUUUGAGCUUUUUAUGGCCAAAAUACAUUCUUUCUGUUGUUGAAGAAAGGUGACCUUUUUUUUCUUUCCUUGCAUGGGUAGGCAUCCUGCUGUGUAAAAGCACACUUGUUCUAGGUGCUUUCAUUUUAACCCAGAGAUGCCCAAGCUUUUUGCUUAGAUUAGGCCAAAGGCCUGCAACGUUGCUGUUGAGAGAUGGCUGACAAUUCAGUGGAUGAAGCUGAGGCUGUGGGUGCUUGUAGCUGCAGUUUGCAGUGCUAAAGCUCUGAUACGUUUUGUCGUGAAAAACAAGUCAUGGCUUGUGUUUUAAUAUACAAGGUACAAAGGAAAACCUACAGGACAAUAAAAUAAAGCUAAAAAUGUGCAUUCUCAAGACUGUAAGAUACUGAAGUGAUAUAAGCAAGCAAUAUGGGCAAGAAGGUACUCCUCUGGUGAUGAUUAUGCUAAUCUGUAGAAACUAGCUCUCCCUGUACUGCGUCGAUAAAGGUACGAAUUUAUUUUUCAAGUACAUUAAAGAUAAUCUGUAAUGA